AUGAUAUUUCUACUAAGUCAGGACAUAUCUUUGUUCUUGUUCAUGGGUAUGUAUUACUAUUGGGUCGUACCUUCUUUUUCUUCUCUUUUUGUGAGCGGAUCAUAUUCGGGAUCAUGGCAUGAAACUGACAUUCGAUUGUUUUUUGACAGUCUUUGGGGCACUUAUAAGCAUGUUAACAGUAUAGCGGCGUCUAUUAAACACGUAUUAGGUGAUACCGCUGACUCCGAGAUUUGUAUAUUUCAGCCAAGGACUUCAACGUACUUCAAGACUUAUGAUGGCGUCCGAGUCAUGGGAGAUAGAUUUUUGAAGGAAUUAUAUGAGGAAAUUUUGAAUUUAAAGAAAGAUAGAGGUAUUUUGAUUACAAAGAUAUCUAUAGUUGGAUAUUCUUUAGGUGGUUUGGUCUCUAGAUAUAUGAUUGGGAAGCUCUAUGAAGCAGGAUUUUUUGAAAACAUCGAACCGUACUUUUUCACUACAUUCGCCACUCCCCAUUUAGGCGUCAAAUUUUUUGGCAGUUAUCUGGGUCCUAUUUUGAAUUUCUUAGGUUCAAACUUUAUAGGUACUAGUGGUAGAGACUUAUUUAUUAGAAAUAAGAUUUUGGUAGAAUUGGGAGAUAAGGAGGGCCCAUACUUCAAAGCAUUGAGAGCCUUUAAACAGAGAUAUUUAUUAUCAAAUAUUAGACACGAUAGAACAGUUGCAUUUUAUACUUCAUUCAUCAGUGAUGUAUCUCCAUUUGAGGAUUGGAGUAAGGUCAAAUUGCAAUAUUUAAAUGGUAUACCGGAAAUUAAAGUAGGUGAUAAAAUUGUUAAACCAAGAAUUAUUGACUUGAAAAAUUCAAAGAUCCGGCCAACUAACAUGCCUUUACCACCACCAACACUUCUUAGUAGAUUACGCUAUAUUGGGAUAUUGAUAUUGAUUAGUUUCAUUCUUCCGAUUUGGUUUCCGGUUGUUUUUACGGCUAACUGUAUUGGAACCACUCUUUCAUAUUUCAGGCUCACGUUCAGGCCGUUGGAGUUUGAUAGUGCUAAAGAGUGGCUAAACUUGAAAAUAUAUUUAUUUGGUGAAAAUCAGAAGCAGGAAAUCAAGCCUACAUCAGAACAUGGUGCAAUUGAUGAAGGCACUGUUGAUGCCCCAUUAAGUUUACACUCGGCGAAAACGAAUGAUAGCAUCAUCUCCAAAGAAUUAGCUGGUUUUACAGAAGGUGCAAUCGAAAAUAUGUUAGAGGCACCGCAAAUGAAUGAAGAUCUUGAAACUGUUUCGAAAUCAUAUGAUAAUGAUACCAUCUCAGUGGAGUCUGAGUACAAUUUCGUUGCUGGGGGAAUUAAUAACGAGGUGUUUAUUGAUAUUCCAAAGCAUGCCGAAGCUGCCGGUAAGCUCUUAUCAUAUAUUGAUAGUGGUAAAAACAAUGAGCUUGAAUAUCCACUUUUCAACAGAAGCAAUCUAAAAUCCUUACCGUUCGAUGAAGAACGGGCAAAAAUUAACAGAAAUUUAAAUUCUUUACAGUGGUUCAAGAUUGCUUCUUACGUUGAUGCUUUCAAUGCACAUGAUGGUAUUGUGGCUAGAAGAGGGUUAAGAUCUAGUCCUAGGGGAUUUGCAACAAUAUACUUGUGGGCAGCAUUGAUUAAAGAUCAAUUGCCUAAGCUUAAUUCUGCUCCAGAGGAAUCUUUAAUUUGA